AUGCCCGAUUCAUCAUCUUCACGACUCUCAUACAGCUCGUCGGCUUCUUCCACACCAAGCAGUGUGCUCUCAACCUCACAUGUUCUUUCAUCCACAGACCGUGCGGCUUUGGCCUAUCCUCGGAAAUCCACCGCUUCCAGCUCGAACCAAAGGCAGGGGCAUGAAAGUGAUGACGAACCUUACUCUUCGCGUUGCCACAGCAGACAAGAGGAGAGCACACGACAACUGGAAGAGCCUGAGUCGGCCCUACCGAGCAUCACUUACUUCCCCCCCGAACCCUUAGAUUCUACGCCAUCUGUCAAUACAUAUGACCCACGAUUCUCUGAAAACAAUCUAGGUCGUGACUCCGAGGAAGGCCAUGGCGAUGAAUCAUUCGCUUACGAACCCGAGCCCAUUCGUCUGCAAGGGCCAGACGAUGCCGCCAUUCCGUCCGUCCUCCCUCUUUACCGUGCAGGACCUACUGAUCCCACGCUCAAGCCGUCGGACCAUCGCACUUUUGGCUAUUUAUUCCCCUCCAUGAACCGCCUUUCCAUUCGACAUGACGACACUACCUCGGAUGGAAACAUGAAUCUUCGCGUGGAGACGGUAGUUGCGCCUGGUUCACUUAUCGGCGUCUGCCAAGGCUCUGUCCUAGGUUCUCAUGGCCGGCCUGUCACUAUGCAGCUCUUCCAUCUCCGCAUGUAUGAUUUGGUCAAUCGAGAAUUUUCUUUCCGUCGCCAUAGCCGCGACUCUGGCAGGGAAGUGUGUAGUUCCAAGCGUGCUUUUACCAAAUCAACUGGUAUUUCACGUGGUACCAUUCACCACUCUGUUUCCUCGGCCCUUCGAUCCGUCAAGGCCCCUUUCCGCCGAUCAAAUGCUUCCAACUUGUCUUCCUUUUCCCUCAAGACUUCCUCGGGUUCGCGGCGUCCCUCCACUGCGGGCACCAUGGCUGCCCGGUCAUCUGCGUCAAUUGGCGACGGCUCCGAUAUUUUAGACAAUUCGUCUAGCCAUCUGGCUGUGAAGCCUCCAUCGGAAUUCCUAGUUCCUACCGAUUCGAUCAAGCUUGAAUUCAACAACUAUGCCCGUGUCGAGGUUUCUCGCCGCAGCUCUGGCCGCUAUGACUUCGAGUGGUGGGGUCAUAAGUAUACUUGGAAGCGCGCUGUUGACAAGAUGCUCAACACCUUUUCCUUCCACCUCGUCCGCGAUGACCAGGAGGAACCGGUAGCCCACAUUGCUCAGGAAAUCCGAAGCCCUAGUCAGAUCGACGACGAGGAGCGAGCCGGUGGAUGGAUUCCGCCUUGCUACAUGUGGAUUAGCGAUCAAUCCACCAUUGAUGCCGUGACGGAUGUAGCUGAACCCCAGCUAAAUUUCCCUAGUGCUAUUGUCUCUACAGGUCUCAUCACCCUGGUUGAUUAUUGUAUCCGUCAAUGCUGGCAAUCCAAGAAGGCCACCUCCGGCUCGGCCCCGCUGCGGCCCGGAGAGCCCCACCUCGGCACCGAUGCAGAGGAUAUUCACCCAUCCCCCAGCCGCGGACUGUUUAGUCGUCGGAGACAGAAGUCCAGCAAAGCUUUCCGUCUGGGAAAGCAGAUUGCUGUAUAUUGA